UUUUGUAUAGAAAUUCAUGUAGAUUUUAAACUGAGCUAUGUUAAUUUUGAAAUUUGUCGCAUUUGCGGCAGUUUUUAUACCAGAAUCUCUCGGGCAAAUUUUUGAUUGUCCCCCUGGAUGGCGGGAAUACUUGGACAGGUGCUAUAGGUUCCAGAGGUUCCCUUACUCUGACCUGGCUGGUGCCAAAAUAUCAUGUAGUGACAAUGGAGCCACUUUGUUGAGUGUCAAUGACAAUGGGGAACAUGGGUUUGUGGAGCAGACGUUCAAUACUAUCGACCCUGGACCUGGCAGGCAACGCUGGUACACAAGUGGGCGCCGUAAUCCUUCACGUCCCUGGCAGUAUUAUUGGGAGGGGGAUGGCACAGAUAUUCAGAGAUUCGAGGCUUGGAAGGAUGAUACAGAAAAAGAGAAGCCAACGCCAGACAAUAUCAUGUAUGCUUGGGAUGGCAAUAAGUGGGCGUGGCACCUGGUUGACCAAUCAGAACAGCUUCCCUUCAUCUGUGAGAUCAGCAAGUCUGAUGUUUACAAGAUUCUAGAGGGGGAGAGAGAUUUUGAUUAUGGCGUUGAGAAUCCUGAUCCGAACACAAUUCCCAGAGGUCCAGUUCUUCAGACAGAACCUGAGAGCACCAUCUAUGAUACAGACAGCAGUGAGAAGGUUGUGCGGCUUAUGUGUGAUGCAGAUGCCUAUCCACCAGCUGAUUAUACCUGGUAUAAAGAUGUUACAAACAACAAAGUGGAGAUCAAUGCCAACACAAACAGUCGUUACACGUUCACAAAUGGAGACUUUAUCAUCUCUGAUCCUGUUGAGACAAACGACAAUGGGGCCUAUCAAUGUAGCGCAAGGAAUGAGUUUGGUUCCAUACUCAGUAAUGAUGUCAGGCUAACAUUUGGCUUCUUGCAGGAUUUCUCCAAGACCAAGAGGAGUCCAAUUGAUGUGGAUGCCUAUACUGGCACAUCCAUUGAGUGUAAACCUCCCUCUACAAACUAUGCAAUAUUAUUUCAAUGGUACAAGGAUAACACGAACAACUUUAUCCGACCUCGUCUCAAGCCCCAUGCCUUUAUAUCCAACAAUGGCCGCCUUUACUUCUCAUUUGUUACGAGAGAUGAUUAUGGUGACUACUAUUGUAUGGUUAAGCGAGAGAGGAACGCACAAGGGGGAAAAUCGAGUAUGCCCACACUCAUGAACGUCAAAGAGGCUAUCGCUACAACCCAGGAACCCCGACUUGCCCAAGGCUUCCCUCAAGCUUUCCCCAAUGAUGUUAAACGUGGAACCAACAUACGGCUAGAGUGCUUUGCUUGGGGAACUGGAAUCCUUGAGUAUUCCUGGGUGAGAGAGGAUGGUAAUGGAAACCCUGUUGACAUGCCAGUGAGAGCUACAUAUCUGGAAGAUGACCACAAACGUGUUAUUAUCAUCCCAGAUGUACAGAUGGAAGAUGCUGGCGUGUAUAAGUGUUCAGUGCAACGUGUUGGAGGUCUCUCAACAUCAGGCUCUGUUAGAUUAACUCUCAAUUCUGACCCUUACUUCACUCUCCCCUUACGAGACCAACAUGUAGAUCUCCGUGGCUCAUUGGUCUGGAGAUGUGAGGCUAACAGUGUACCAGCAGCCACCUAUUCUUGGUACAAGAAUGCUGAAAUUUUGAAUAUCAAUUCCAUUCCUCCUGCAGAUAGACAAAGGAUCACCAUCAGCAACAAUGUGUUGACUAUAAGUACUAUUGAGGAUAGGGACAAGGGCAUGUACCAGUGUGCUGCUAGUAAUCAGUAUGGCACCAGGUUUAGCACGGGACAGCUCAGAGUGCUAGCGUUUGCACCCACAUUUGCCAAAUACCCGUUGGUAACAAACCAGUAUGCCACCAGAGGGGGCAACAUCACAAUCCUCUGUAAUCCUGAGGCUGCCCCAAAACCUGAAAUAAUAUGGCGGAAAAAUAAUCAAAUUAUGAACCCGUCACCUGAUGAGGGAGCCAGAGUAAGGCUUCUGCCUAGUAACGCCAUCUUUAUUAGCUCUGUAGAUAGCAGUGAUAUGGGACGCUACUCUUGUGAGGCGACCAAUGAACUGGGGAAGGCUAUUAGUUAUGGAAACCUCACUGUUGUGUCUUCCACAACAAUUGCAAGGGGUCCUAUUGGAGCGACAGUUCGUGUCAACAGAACUCUUGUGCUGAUGUGCCAAGCGAGUGUCAACCCUGUUCUUGACUAUACCUAUAUAUGGAAGCACAACAAUCGCAAGAUCGACUUCUAUAAGGAGAUUUCUCCUGGGAAUUACAUCGUUAAUGAAUAUUUUGCAAGGGGUGAGACUUGGAAUUCAGUAGGCUACCUGUACCUGGUUAAUGCUCAGUUAUGGCAUGAGGGACAGUACACAUGUUAUGUAGAGACACAGGUGGAUAUGAAAGGGAGCAGUGCUGAUGUUGUUGUUGUAGGUCCCCCUGGUGAGCCUGGUGGUCUCUAUGGUGAUCAGAUAACCAACACAAGCAUGAGAUUACGAUGGCAACCUGGUGCUGGAUUUGGGCGUCCUGUAACCACCUACGUCAUGGAAGGCUUUAAUCGCCACAUUGGCUACUGGGCUGUCAUGAAGACAAAUAUUAAACCACUGGGAAUAGGAUCUAAUACAGAGCGACCCUAUACAUAUUUAACUAACCUCUCUCCAUGGAGUUCAUAUAGAUUCAGGGUUCGAGCUGAGAAUGACCUUGGAACUGGUCCCUCCAGUGUUCCAUCACCGGAGUACACAACCAAUGAGGCUGUGCCAACUGUCCCAGCGGGCAAUGUAGGAGGGGGUGGGGGCAAAGUGGGAGAUCUCACCAUCACUUGGGAUUCUGUACCUGAAGUCUUCCACAAUGGCCAAGGGUUUGGUUAUAUUGUGCAAUGGAGAGAACCUGGACAGUCGGACAAAGAUUGGAUCAAGCGAGAGCUAAUCGGCGGGCAACACAGUCAGUAUGUGUAUACUGUUGGUGAGGACAAUUUCUGGAAACCUUAUGAAGUUAUGGUCCAAACCAUGAACAAUGUAGGACUUGGCCCUACAUCUGAAAUCAAGACGAUCAUGAGUGCAGAGAAUAUUCCUCUGAGACAGCCAACCAAUGUGAGAGCCCAGCAGUACAAUGCUACAGCAUUGCUAGUCUCUUGGGAUAAAAUAGAGGAAGGCAGAGAGACAACAAGGGGCCUUUUAUAUGGAUACAGGAUUACAUACUGGAAGAGGGACAUCGAGACAGAAGAGUUGGGUAUCAGACAGACUGUAAAUGGGAAGGUUGACAGUGGUUUUAUUAUAGGACUUAACCCUAAUACUUUCUACGUUGUCAAUGUGAUGGCAUUUAAUUCCGCAGGGAACAGCCCAAAGAGUGAAGACUUUCCCCAGAGGACUUUAAGAAGUGCCCCUGUGAAUGCUCCUGAAGAAGUGAAUGUUAUAACCCUGACUACUACAUCUAUUGAGGUGAUAUGGAGAGGAGUCAUUACUGACCAGACACAGGAACCUUUACAAGGAUAUAAGGUAGUGUACUGGAAACAGGGGGAGACCAUGAAGAACGCAAUGGAGGCUGACGCAGGGAGAAACACUAUGGUUCGCAUACACAAGCUGGAGCCAGAGGUCAUAUACAUACUGCGUGUAUUAGGCUACAGUAGGGGAGGGGAUGGGGCCAAGAGUUGGCCAGAAAUUACUUUCUCAAUGGUUUCAUCAAGUACUAUAUUCCAUCCAUCAAGCAUCAUCAUCACUAUAGCAACAAUAUUAUCAACACUGUGGCGACAUCUUUAGGACUGCUAAGCAGGCUUGAGAAAAAACAAAAAUUCAGCGAUACGUAAACAUUAAGACCAGCUGCAAUGGACUAACUGGACUUACAAUUAAAAGAAAAAUGUUUUAUUGUGACAUCAUAGUUUGUAAAUUGUGUAAGAAAAGUGGUUGCAAUAUCAAGGUUUGACUUUAGAAUAUUGACUAAUAAGAUUAGUUUGUUUGGAUAGAAUUCUUUUUCAUCAAUCAUGUACAUUGAAAAUUGGUUCCAGCCUAAUAGCCAAGGCAUGAAAAAAUGACCAAUCGGAUACCCUUUCAAGAAUUCUAUCUAAAUAGAAGAGUAUAGUACCCUGAAAAUACCAUGUACUAAUGAAUAAACAGUGUGAGAUGUAAUUUGUAUUUUUUAGAACCAUGCAUGCAUUAACAUUUUAUUUUCUCACUACAACUUUCUGUCUUGUUAAAACUAGUUGUCAAAACAAAAAAGAA